CCUGUCAAUACUGUCAACGUCAAUAAUUGAGGUUAUGAGUUGACCAGAAUAUUUUUUAUCGUAAUUUAAUUAAAUACGUGUAAUAUUAAGCGAAAUAGUAGCCCAAAUAAAUUAAAAUGACACUUUAUCAUUUCGGUAAUUGCCUAGCCUUAGUCUACGCGCCGUAUCAUAUGGCAUACAAGUUUUCAGGGAUCUCUGAAUAUGCGACCUUCUCGAAAUGCGUUUAUGCAGGUGGAUUGUACAUCUUUACACAGCUAUGUAAAAUGUUACUAUUGGCUACAUUCUUUCCCGACUCUGAUAGUGCUCAAUUAGAUGGUGAAUAUGAUGUGUUUCUGGAGAUCCUGAAGGCCACGGUGGACUUUGCUGACUUGCUGGGGUUGUACUUUGCUCUAAACGCAGUUCCUGGAAAAGGACAUGCUAAGAUAUUAACUGCUGCUAUUGGUUGGGCCAGCGCUGAGGUGCUAGUAUCGCGCAGCAUACUUCUAUGGGUGGGCGCGCGAGGUGCGGAGUUCGACUGGCGUUACGUACGCGCGUGCGCGGAAUCCAACGUGGCGCUGCUACAGCACGCCGGCGCCGCCGCGCUGGUCUGGCUCGCGUCUCGCAGCGACCUGCCGCGAAGACACGCGCCGCUGGUACUCGCCCUGCUGGCUGUAGCACCCUACCGCUCCUUGCUCGAAGACGCCGUCGCUGCGAUCCUGUCACUUAACCCCUGGGCGCUCCUGGCUCUCCGCGCCGUCCACGCCGCAGUCGUCGGCCUUACCGCCCUGGCUAUGUACGCCGUCCUCGCCCAGCAGAUCGGAUUUUAAGCAAUAUUUAAUUAUAUGAAUGUGUGUGAAUGUAAAUAGAAUUAAGUUAUUUGGGUGUGGAAAGUAAAUGAGGUGUACGUU